AUGGCAGUGUCCACCCAGCAGCUGGCGGAGGAGUUGGAGAUCUUCGGCCUAAAGUGCGAGCAGGCUGUGAUCGCAAAAUUGGCAGAACUGUGCAUUCUGUACGGACACAAUGAGGAGGAAAUGGCAGCCGAGCUGGUCGCCUUCGUCAGCACACACGGAGUUAACCUUACCUUAGAGACCCUGAACUCUCUUGAGCAUGAGUUUCUGAGCAAAAGAGCAUCCAAAGCCCAGCACGGUGCCUCCAGGGACAGUGGACAUGCAGGAGCCAGAGACAUUGUUUCCAUUCAAGAGUUAAUUGAAGUGGAAGAAGAAGAGGAGAGCCUCUUGAACUCUUACACGACCCCCUCUAAGGGUUCUCAGAAGCGAGCUAUCACCACCCCAGAAACCCCUCUUAGAAAAAGAAGUCUGUCCGCUCGCAGCCCCCAUCUGCUCCUCUCACCAUCGAGUUUCUCUCCAAGUGCUACUCCGUCUAAGAAAUACAACUCACGAAAUAACCGAGGAGAAGUGGUCACCUUCUUCGGCUCUGCACAGGGAGUGUCUUGGUCUGGGAGAGGAGGGGCUGGUGACAUCAGCCUGAAGGUCUUGGGAUGCCCAGAGCCACUAACUGGGAGCUAUAAAUCUAUGUUUCAGAAGCUCCUGGACAUUCGAGAAGAGCAGGGUCUCAGGGCUGCCCAAGUGGAUCAGGAGCCCGUCACUCUGCUGGGCCAGAUCGGCUGUGAUAGCAAUGGCAAGCUGAACAGCAAGUCCGUGAUUCUGGAGGGAGACCGGGAACAUUCCUCGGGCGCUCAGAUCCCAGUGGAUUUAUCUGAGCUCAAAGAAUAUUCUCUGUUUCCUGGACAGGUUGUGAUCAUGGAAGGGAUCAAUACCACAGGAAGGAAGUUUGUCGCCACCAAGCUGUACGAGGGUGUGCCGCUUCCUUUUUAUCAGCCCACUGAAGAGGAUGGAGAUUUUGAGCAAAGAAUGGUUCUGGUUGCCUGUGGGCCCUACACCACGUCUGACAGCAUCACCUAUGACCCCCUGCUGGACCUGGUCACCAUCAUCAAUCACGAUCGGCCUGACGUCUGCAUCCUGUUUGGGCCUUUCCUUGAUGCCAAGCAUGAACAGGUGGAGAGCUGUCUGCUCACAAGUCCGUUUGAAGAUGUUUUCAAGCAAUGUCUACGCACGAUUAUUGAAGGGACCAGAAGUUCUGGCUCCCACCUCGUGUUUGUCCCUUCGUUGAGAGACGUGCACCACGAGCCUGUGUACCCACAGCCACCUUUCAGCUACCCGGACCUGUCCAGAGAGGACAAGAAGCGAGUCCGGUUUGUGUCUGAGCCCUGUAGCCUCUCCAUAAACGGAGCCGUCUUUGCCUUGACGUCCACAGACCUGCUGUUCCACAUGGGGGCAGAGGAGAUCAGCAGCUCUUCUGGACCUUCAGACAGACUGAGCCGUAUCCUCAGGCACAUCCUCACCCAGAGGAGCUACUACCCACUCUACCCUCCGCAGGAAGACAUGGCCAUUGACUAUGAAAGCCUGUAUGCCUACGGCCAGCUGCCCGUCACCCCAGAUGUCUUCAUAGUCCCGUCAGAGCUGAGGUAUUUUGUGAAGGAUGUCCUCGGCUGUGUCUGUAUGAACCCCGGGCGCCUCACCAAAGGGCAGGUGGGAGGCACCUUUGGCCGGUUCUACCUCAGGAGGCAGCCUGUGGGCGUGGCUGGGGAGGAGAGGCAGAGUCCGUGUGUCGCCGCCCAGGUGGUCAGGAUCUGA